AUGGCUUCGGUGGCGGCGUGGCUUCCGUUCGCACGAGCCGCCGCAAUCGGAUGGGUUCCCAUCUCGAGACAGCCGAUGCCACAGGCACCCGUCGCCAUUCAGGUCUGUAUCUCGCCUCUGGAUGGAGAUAUCGAAAAGGUGUCAACUAAGAAAAUGUUUGUCAAGAAAUUCUGUACAUUUUAUCAGUUGACAACUUUUUGAUAUCUCUACACAGCGUUGUGAUAUACUGUCUUAAACAAAUGGUAUGGACACAUCGUUCACUGUUCAUACAUCAAAAAGCGUUUAGAAACAUUUAUGAGAAUAAGAAAGUGUGGUCCCUAGAGUAACUGAAAUUCGAUAGCCAUGGACAUGACAUGAGUUGGGAAAGAAUGUUCAAAAAAGAAAAGAGUACAAUUUACAGGCCAAAGACCUCGCGGUGGACCACGUUUCGGACGAGAAGCUGGCGAUCAACAUAUCGGGACGGCGGUUCGAGACGUGGAAGAAUACGCUGGAGAAGUUUCCGGAAACGCUUCUCGGAUCGAACGAGAAGGAGUUUUUCUACGAUGAAGACACCGGAGAGUACUUUUUCGACCGCGAUCCCGAUAUAUUCCGCCACAUUUUGACGUUUUAUAGGACCGGAAAACUUCAUGUAAGUGUGACUGCGCCACGGUCUCCAGAGCUGACAAUGUGCGCGAAAUUCAAAUUUUAACAGCAGAAUUGGUGUUUUUUGCCAGAUUAACCACGAAAAACCGAUAAUUUCUCAUUUGUCUCUCGAUAGACCGAUUAUAUAGGCUAUUACGAAAUUUUUAAGCGCAAGAGCGUUAAAUUUGGUCAAGUUUGAAGGUUUUUCGCUAAAACUGCGUGAAUUUCAGUUGCUUUUCGGUAGUUUUCGCGGUUCGAGCGCUCAAAAUGCUUGUAUUUACGUGAUUUAUCAUUUUCAAAACCAAUUCUGUCUGAAAACGGUCAAGAAAGCGCAAAAUGAGAAGUGCGGGUUUUAGGAAAAAAAAAACAAAAUUUCGAAAAAGCGAAAUCCACGAAAAAUGCGCCAAAACGUCUAUAAUUCUGAGAAUUAGUGUGUUUUCAUGUCGAACAAUCAUUUUUCAUCGCCGUUGACCACAAAAAUCAGAGAAAACCUGCUCAAUUCAUGAAAACGCCAUUUGGCCGCCGAGGCCACGCCCAUAUUGUGAGCUCUGGCGCUGAAAUAAUAAUAAUCAAUAAUAAUCUCAAAACGUUCCAUAAAUCUCAUGCUUUACGGUUUCAAAAAGUUAUGAGGCUAUUCAGGCUGUAAAAAAAAAAUGAUUUUUUUCCGUUUUUUUUCGUUUUUUUACGUCAAAAAAUCCAAAAAAAACGGAAAAAAAUUAUCAACCUUUUGAAACGCAGACUCAAUAAUUCCAGUACCCCCGCCACGAAUGCCUCGUCGCCUACGACGAAGAGCUCUCGUUCUUCGGCAUAAUGCCCGACCUGAUCUCCGACUGCUGCUACGAGGACUACAAGGACAAAAAGAGGGAAAAUCAGGAGAGACUGCUCGAGGAGCGCGUCGAGACCGCCGAGUUGAACACCGCCAAACUGAGUGUGCAGGAGAAGAUGUGGGCGGCGUUCGAGAACCCGCACACCUCGUCGAUCGCCCUCGUUUUCUACUACGUCACCGGCUUCUUCAUCGCCGUCUCGGUUCUGUGCAAUAUCGUCGAGACGAUUCCGUGCUGGUAUCAGGAUAAUAUGGCGGUGACGUGCGGAGAGGCCUACGAAGAGCAGUUUUUCGUCGUCGACACCGCCUGUGUCAUCAUUUUCUCCAUCGAGUACUUUUUACGCUUGUUCGCCGCGCCGGAUCGAUGGAAAUUCAUGAGGUACGAGAUACUUGAAAUAGUAAUCUAGUAUUAUAGGGGCACCGGACAGAAAGGGCGCGCUAUUGAGAAGAGCCCGCGAAAACCUGGGGGACUCUAAAUUUGAAUGAUGUGAGAAGAGAAAGUUAGUCCGCGGCCACGUAGGCUGCUGCAGAAAUUUUUGUUUUCCUUCUGUUUUUCGUUGUCUUUUUAAUAAAUCGAUUGUGUUCUCACCUUUUUCGUAGUGAAUUUAAUUAAUUGUUUCUUUUUCAUGUUCGAAAUAUGCGUUUCUAAACAGAUUCAAUCAACAGUUUGCGGAAAAUAAGAGAAAACAUUGACGACGUGCACCAUUUUUCGACUGCGAUAGCUUUUUAUAGAAAUUCUAUACAUGAAAAAGAAAAAAUUAAUUAAAUUCACUACGAAAAAGGUGAGAACACAAUCGAUUUAUUAAAAAGACAACGAAAAACAGAAGGAAAACAAAAAUUUCUGCAGCAGCCUACGUGGCCGCGGACUAACUUUCUCUUCUCACACCAUUCAAAUUUAGAGUCCCCCAGGUUUUCGCGGGCUCUUCUCAAUAGCGCGCCCUUUCUGUCCGGUGCCCCUAUAAUAGUUCAUGACUCAUGAUUGAGUUUCAGGUCGAUAAUGAGUGUGAUCGACGUGAUCGCCAUAAUGCCCUACUACAUUGGUUUGAUAUUGACGAACAACAAGGAUGUGUCCGGACUUUUUGUCACUUUACGAGUCUUUGUAAGCUCUUUUUCAUGAGCGCACGCUCAUUUGAUGGCUUUCAGCGCGUCUUCCGAAUAUUCAAAUUCUCGCGUCACUCGCAAGGCCUUCGAAUCCUCGGAUACACGCUCAAAUCGUGCGCCUCCGAACUCGGAUUCCUCGUCUUUUCGCUCGCAAUGGCCAUCAUCAUUUUUGCGACAAUUAUGUACUAUGCGGAGAAAAAAGUCGAAGCCACUCGGUUCACUUCGAUUCCAUCGGCCUUCUGGUACACCAUCGUCACGGUUAGUUGUUGUGACUUAUCUUCAAAACAAUAUAUCUCAGCUGCCGAUGGAGAUAGCAAAAAGUUGUCAACUAACAAAAUAUUCAUUAGGAAAUUGUGAACAUUUUAUCAGUUGACAACUUUUUGAUAUCUUUACUGACAGCUGAGAUACGUACUAGUUUUUGAAGAACGAAUGGAAACAUUAGCUCACUGACAUACGAAUGUCAAAACGUCUUCUAGAAACGGUGUAUUCUUUAGCUAACCACGCUCGGCUACGGAGACAUGGUCCCAUCGACCAUAAUGGGCAAAAUAGUCGGCGGAAUCUGCUCGCUGUCCGGAGUGCUCGUCAUCGCGCUCCCGGUGCCCUGUGAUCGUGUCCAACUUCUCGCGAAUCUAUCAUCAGAAUCAGAGAGCCGACAAACGACGCGCGCAAAAGGUAUCGCCUUGGAUUUUUCGCGCACUUUUGUGAAUCGGACAAUAUCUUUACAGAAAGCCCGGCUGGCUCGCAUUCGAAUAGUGAAAAACGCCUCCGGACAAGCGUUGUUCAACAAGAAAAAGGCGCAUGAAGCGAGAAUGCAGGCUUUCGAACAGGGUGAGUUUUUGGUUUCACGCGCUAUAGUAGGAUUAGGAGAGGGGCUACGCAAAAGUUGUCAACUGCAAAAAUGAAGUUCUAGGUGUCGAGAUAACGGUCAAAAAUUUCUAGAGCAAUCUGAUCACUUCUAACUGUUAUAUGGUCCCUCAAAGUUGACCCAACGCAUUCUUUGCAGGUCACCUCUCGUUCGACGCUCUCCGAGACGAGGACAUCUUUGAAAUCCAGCACCAUCACCUCCUACAAUGCCUCGAAAAAGCGACGGAACGGGAGUUUGUGGAGUCGGAAGUGCUUUUCGAGGGCGGCCGGAAUACGCCUCCGCCGAGCGAGACCGCCUCACUUCGCGGAAAAGCGAAACGGAAACGGAGAUUGUGAGUUUUCAGAUGUAUUUUUUCAGUUGUCAAUGCUUUUUGAAUUCAGAUGUUGUGUAUCAAAAGAGAAUGAAGAAAUGGAUGAGUUGGAUCGAGAGACUCGCGUCACUUUCAAUCAGAACUUGAAUCAGGUACAUAAUCGCUUGUAUCUCAGCUGCCCAUAGAGAUAGAAAAACGUUGUCAACUAACAAAAUGUUCAUCAAAAAAUUCUGUACAUUUUAUCAGUUGACCACUUUUUGAUAUCUCCACCCCCCGCUGAGAUAUAUAUACCAAAAGUUGAUAUUGUAGAUCUGCGAGCCGAAGCCUGACGAAUUGGAACAGAAUGACCAUCGAAACGACAAAAUCUGUGUGUCCCAACUUUGA